UGCGUGCAAGCGUUUCCCUGCGAAUGGCAAUCUGAUAGGUGACGUGUUUGGGUUUGUAAUCAAAGGGAAAUAUAAAGAAAAACUAUGCAAAUACGACUUGUUUUGAUGCUUCUUGCUCUGGCGCCGCUUGUCCUGGCUAAGAAGUUCAAGGAAGAGGAAAAACCGGCGUGGGCCAAGAAGGAUAUUCGCGACUACAGCGAAGCGGACCUGGAGCGUUUGCUGGACCAGUGGGAGGAGGAUGAAGAGCCUCUGGAGGCGGAUGAGCUGCCCGAGCAUCUGCGACCGCAGCCGAAGCUGGAUAUAACCAAUCUGGACAGCAAAAACCCAGAAGAACUGCUAAAGAUCUCUAAAAAAGGGCGCACGCUGAUGACCUUCGUCACAGUGAGCGGGAACCCGACCAAGGAAGAAAGCGAAACCAUCACCAAGCUGUGGCAGACCAGUCUCUGGAACAAUCACAUCCAGGCGGAGCGCUACAUGGUCGACGAUAACCGUGCCAUUUUCCUCUUCAAAGAUGGUACGCAGGCCUGGGAGGCCAAGGAUUUCCUCAUCGAACAGGAACGCUGUAAGGGUGUUUCCAUUGAAAACAAGGAGUACCCUGGAGUACACUACAAAAAGGACGAACUUUAGGUGGUGAAAAGUGUACUAAUUCAUCAAAUCAUUCUCAAACAUAGUAUUUUUAAGCUCAAAGUUGAACAAAUUUAAAUAAAGUGAAUUUAUUGAAGAGUA